AUGUUUCUCUGUCAGGCCAUUCGUCUCUGUUCCCCAUGGAGGAUGAGCGCUCCUUUGGAGAGGAUGAGUCCGGUGACCAGGGCCUCGCCGGCCUCGGCUCUGCCCACUGUUUCCCACACCUGAAUGGCGAACGCGUCGAGCGUUAUUCCCGCAAGGUGUUUGUCGGAGGGUUACCCCCAGAUAUAGAUGAAGAUGAAAUCACUGCCAGUUUCCGCCGAUUCGGCCAUCUCUUUGUAGAUUGGCCCCACAAGGCAGAGAGCAAGUCUUACUUUCCACCAAAAGGGUAUGCAUUCCUGCUGUUUCAAGAUGAGAGCUCUGUCCAGGCAUUGAUUGAUGCUUGCAUUCAGGAGGACGGCAAACUCUACCUGUGUGUCUCCAGUCCCACCAUUAAAGACAAACCU